AUUAAAACAGCUCCAGCCCUGCACGCUUCCACACUUCCCUGCUGGGGUGAGCGCCACCACAGAGAUGAAGCUAGCGACCUGGUGCUGGCUGAGCUCAGCUGUCCUUGCUGCCUAUAGUUUUUUGGUUGCGGCAAACAAUGAAACAGAAGAAAUUAAAGAUGAACCGGCCACGCAAGCCUGCCCGGUGAGACUAGAGAGCAGAGGGAAAUGCGGGGAAGGAGGUGAAUGCCCCUACCAGGUGAACCUGCCCGCGCUGACUAUUCAGCUCCCGAAGCAGUUCAGUAGGAUAGAGGAGGUGUUCAAGGAAGUCCAGAACCUCAAGGAAAUCGUAAAUAACCUGAAGAAAUGUUGCCAAGACUGCAAACUGCAGGCUGAUGACAACCGAGACCAGGGCAGAAAUGGACUGUCGUUACCGGGAGGGGCUGAUGAAAACAAAGUUACGGAAUUGGAGGACGAGGUCCACAAGCUGUCCUCCGACCUGAAGAAUGCAAAGAAGGAUAUCGACGUGCUUCAGGGUCGCCUGCAGAAGCUGAAUCUUGUAAAUAUGAACAAUAUUGAAAAUUAUAUUGAUAGCAAAGUGGCAAAUCUAACAUUUGUUGUCAAUAGUUUGGAUGGCAAUUGUUCAUCUAAGUGUCGAAAUCAAGAACAAAUACAAUCACCUCUAGUCCAACAUCUAAUAUAUAAAGAUUGCUCUGAGUACUACACAAUAGGCAAAAGAAGCAGCGAGACCUACAGAGUUACACCGGAUCCCAAAAAUAGUAGCUUCGAAGUUUACUGUGACAUGGAGACCAUGGGGGGAGGCUGGACGGUGCUGCAGGUGCGUCUCGAUGGAAGCAUCAACUUCACCAAAACAUGGCAAGACUACAAAGUGGGCUUUGGAAACCUCAGAAGAGAAUUUUGGCUGGGAAAUGAUAAAAUUCAUCUUCUGACCAAAAGUAAGGACAUGAUUUUAAGAAUAGAUCUUGAAGACUUUAAUGGUGUUAAACUCUAUGCCUUGUAUGAUCACUUUUAUGUGGCCAAUGAGUUUCUCAAAUACCGCUUACACAUUGGUAACUAUAAUGGCACAGCCGGAGAUGCUUUACGUUUCAACAAACACUACAACCAUGAUAUGAAGUUUUUUACCACCCCAGACAGAGACAACGAUCGGUACCCCUCUGGGAACUGUGGGCUCUACUACAGCUCAGGCUGGUGGUUUGAUGCAUGUCUUUCAGCAAACUUAAAUGGCAAAUAUUAUCACCAAAAGUACAAAGGUGUCCGUAAUGGGAUUUUCUGGGGCACCUGGCCUGGUAUUAGUGAGGCACAUCCUGGUGGCUACAAGUCCUCCUUCAAAAAGGCCAAAAUGAUGAUCAGACCCAAGCUCUUUAAGCCAUGAGUCACUAAUGCUUAUUUCUCUGAGUAUUUGUUACCUAAUAGGGCAAUUAAUUCCUCUUUGUACUCCUUUUCCAUGGCUAAAAAUUUAUUUCUGAGCUGUGGGUACUUAUGCUAGGCAGCAUUUGAAAUAAAGCUGAACAAUAUACAUUUUAAAGGAGUCCUUUGUUGCUGUUACACUGUUAUGCAAAAAAGAAAAAGAAAAGAAAAAGAAAAACACUUGCAGGCACCUGGGAAUAUUGAAAAUUACAUGUUAGAUUUAUAAUUCUCCUAAUUUCCACUAACCAAAAAGUCUUCUAUUAGUUGUAUUACUUGCUAUAAUUUAAAAAUAACAGGCUAGAUUUUACACAAGUAAUUUAUAUUUUGGCUAUGACAAACACAUCUGAGGGAAUGAAUAUCACUUUUGGGGAUAUAAAGAGUUAUUCAGGUAUUUAUUUGUGUCUUAAUAGCCUAAUCCUUAUUCUCAGAUAAUCGUAUUAAAUAUAUGGCAUUUACUUUGAGUCAGGAAGACCCGACAGCAUUUUAGUUCCCAGGCAAAUUAAAGGUCUUCAUGCACUAUUCAUGAAAUGUAAAGUAUUUGUCAUUUAAAAUAUUUUAAAAUGUGGUAGCAUAACAUCACCCCUAAAAGCAUUCAUUUAACCAUAAAGACCAUUGUUUAAAAGUAAUUCAUUCAGUUUAUAUCUCUUUAGAUGUUUGAUGGUAAAAACUGCUCUAACAUAAAAAUAAUCUUCCUUUCAGCUCCAUGUCUAAUAGCUUUUAGGAUAAGAUUGCUCACUACUGUACCAGACUACUGGUAGGCUUCCUUCUGAAGAAGCUGGUGUGGGUAAAGAAUGAAGCAUUUAUUUACAGGCUAUAAUACUCUGAAAGCCCAUUUUAUAUCCUAAGCAAUAAUAGCUUUAAAGCUGAGUUUUAUAGGGCAAAUAGAUAAAUGUAUUUAUAAAAGACAUAUGAAUUUUGAAAUGUAUAGACCAGUAGUUUGAAUAGUAUAUAUUUUUAACUCUAACUGUUAUACUGGUUAUUUUAAUAUCAGAAGAUUCAAAUACAGUUGUCUAUUUUUUAAUCAAACAAAAGUAUCUGGAUCUUUUAUAAUUAAUCAAUUAAUUAAUAUCAUAUUCAAAAGAUGAUAAACAUAAUGUGUUAAGUUUCAUCAUUGUAAAAAGGGAUCAUUUCAGAGAGAACAGCAGUAUAGUGCUGCACGUUUAAAAUACUCAAAAUUUGAAAUACUGUAUGUGAGUCAUAGAAAUACAAUCUUUAAUUUCUAGUGUCUGUUUCUACUAUAGUAACUAAGAUUUCAAAAUAUAUUCACAAAGAUUCACCUUUACGCAUUACUUAAAAAUGAUUAAGGAGGAUAGCUGCCUUAAAUAACAAGUUAAUUUUUUGAGCAUUGCCCUUUACAGAAAAUUCUAAUCAAGAAACAAAACAUACUUUUAAUAAUAUAUAACAUAAGUUUUCAAGUAAACAUAAUGAAAAGUUAAUAUGAAUACUGCUAAAAUGUUAAACAGAAAUACAAAUAGAAUUAAGUUAUGACCAAAAUAUAUCACUCUAGACCAAAACCUAUAAUUAUAGAUUUCAAAGGUUGCAUAUCUACCCAGUAGGAUACCAAUGUAAAUGUCAUAAUCAAUUUACUUUUUAUUUCACUCUUUUGUUUUUUAGAAUGAACAUUUUUAUAUUAUACAGUGUAUUUAUUACAAGUAAGGGCAUUUUGAUUUACUAUAUACAACUAUUAAUAUAUGUAUAAGUUUAAGUAAAUUUAAAUUUCUGUGAUCAAAAAUGAACUCCUCACAGAAUACAGCUCUAAACAAAAAUAGCUCAUAUUGCCCUGGCUGGUGUAGCUCAGUGGAUUGAGUAUGGGCCUGCGAACCAGAGUAUCGUGGUUCGAUUCCCAGUCAGGGCACAUGCCUGGGUGGCAGGCCAGUUCCCAGCAGGGGAUGCAUGAGAGGCAACCAUAUAUUGAUAUUUCUCUCCUUCCCUUCCCCUCUAAAGAUAAAUAAAUAAAAUCUUAAAAAAUAGCUCAUAUAGGGAGUAUGCACUGAUAUAAUGGGAACUAGGUAUCAUUUCAGGAGAAUCUGGCCUACAAUUCAUUAAUCUAUGUAAAUACUCAAAUGCAUCUCUUCCCACCUUAUUUCAAAGGAUCAAAAUUUUAUUUUCCAUUCUAUUUUUAUGGCACUUUUCUAAUAAAAAGUUAUGUAACAUAGAAAUUGUUUUUUGAAAUCACUUCAUGCCACUUAUUAUGAAAUGUAUUUUAGAUUUUUAUAAUCUUUACCAUGUUUAUGGAAGUAGAUUAUAUCUAAGAGUUUUCUGCCUUAAUACAACUUUACUAAUAAAUGCUAAUGUUCAUAAAUAUGAAUUUACUAUUAAUAAGCAUAUUAUUUCAGAGUCUUGUCUUGUAAUAACCAACAUUUAUUUUAAUUAAAACUUUAUUUCUGAGCUUUAUCAUUCUUUGAAAAUAUUGGCUAAAACUGGGCUCUUAGAAAUUCUAAGUGGAACUGCUUCACUCAUCACUGAGAAAAAAGUCAACUAUUUCUGAUAAGCAAUAAUGCUCCAAUGAAUUAAUGAUACAUCUGUCUAAUAGAUAAAGAGCUUAAAUAUGCAAAGCAUAGAAGAUAUUCUGGUAACAAAAUUUGCUGGUCCUUAUUUGUUAAUGGUUACCCGAAGAAAGAUUUUAAAGGUAAAUGUCAUGAGUGAUGUUAUCACAAUAAGCUCUUGUUUAUAAUUCUUAUUAUUUUUAUAUAUGAACAAAUUUGUUUCAUGUCUUUGAAAAACCCUGUAAAAUAAAAGAUUUACUCUUUACAUCUA